AUGCCGCCCAUUCCUGGCGGAGCGCUAGAGCGUCGGCGGGUUAUUGUUUACCACCAAACCAUUAUUCCAGGUGGCGGAGAAUAUGUCUCCAUGCUCCCGUUGUUGGAACACAACACUGGUGCCACGCAUGUUAUUCUUGCAGCAAUUCACAUCAAUGGAGAACCUGGUCAUAUCACUCUAAAUGACGACCCUCCAGACAGUCCUAAAUUUGAUCCGCUGUGGGCGGAAGUGCCCCUCGUUAAGCGGGGCGGUAUUAAGGUGAUGGGCAUGCUCGGUGGCGCCGCACCAGGCUCAUUUCAACGACUAGACGGCAGCCAGGCUCAAUUUGAAGCAUUCUACGGUCCUCUCCUGGCUAUUCUCCGUCAUUAUCUACUCGACGGCUUAGAUCUGGACGUGGAAGAGAAUAUGUCCUUGCCUGGCAUUAUCAGACUUAUCGACCGACUGAAGGCCGACAUGGGAGACGGCUUCAUUAUUACUUUAGCCCCCGUCGCUGCCGCGUUACUGGGAAUUGGGAAUCUUUCGGGAUUUGACUACCGUGAACUUGAGCAAGCUCGUGCUUCCAAGAUCAGCUGGUACAAUGCCCAGUUCUACAAUGGGUGGGGUCAAGCAGAGGAUCCCCGAAUGUACGCUGCGAUCAUUUCACAGGGAUGGUCUCCACGCCGUGUCGUGUAUGGUCUUCUUACAAACCCUGGUAAUGGCUCACAGGGCUUUGUGUCGAGUGAGAAGAUCGGACCCGUCCUCGCCAACCUGGUCGAACAGUUCCCGACCUUUGGCGGUGUGAUGGGCUGGGAGUAUUUCAAUGCAUUGCCUGGAGAGCGGGCUAAGCCAUGGCAAUGGGCAGCACUUAUGUCAAUCAGUAUGGGUAUGAAGGACGUGCUGGUUGUAGCUAGGCAGUUGCUUACUGCUGACCCCAUGGCGAGCAGUUUGACCAAUCUACUCCAAGAUAUGAUGGAUCAAUUGCGUCGAUCUUGA